AUGGAAGAUUCCAUCAGCGACCUCAAUACGACCGUGAUAGAUUCUUCCGAAGGUGCAGCCGCUGCAGAAAAAGAACAGAAAAAGCAAGAACAUGAGGUUGCGGAGAUCCAAGAAACAUUGGGCAACCUGAAGAAUGAGACACAAGGAGAGCAGCGAAAAGACAUGAAGUUUUCGGAUCGUAUCAGUCAGGUAGAGCAGAAUGAGAAGAGCUUUUCAGGUUCGAUGGACAAGGUAACCCAGAAGCUGAAGGGAAUGGAAGAUUCCAUCAGCGACCUCAAUACGACCGUGAUAGAUUCUUCCGAAGGUGUGCAGAGUUUGGAGACAGAGAUGUCGCGCGCCAAUGUCUUCCAGGUGAAGCAAAAGGCGAAAAACUUUUCAGGUUCGAUGGACAAGGUUGCGGAGAUCCAAGAAACAUUGGGCAACCUGAAGAAUGAGGCACAAGGAGCAGAUAUCAAGAAGACCCUAACUCCUGAGAGGCUGAGAGUGUGGGGACUUCGGAAUGCAGAGAGGUGUUAUUGUGGUGUUAUCGGUCGCUAUCCAUCCCGCGGCUGCGGGGAAUUUGAGGAAGUCGAAGUCCCCUCCAUAUAUACCAAAGGCAAGUUCAUGACGUUCCAUUCCUUUCGCCUGGCAGAUGCGGCCAGGAGCUGCGAAUGUCUCACUGCCUUUGAAAAAUCACAGGAGCAGCCUGGGGACCGAAAGUGCCGCGAUAUCAAAGGCACCGCAACUUCUGAGAAGCUGAAAGAGGAGGGAGUAAUUGAGAGUGAAGGGAUGUGUUAUUGCAGUUUUGAGAAAAAAUCUGCAUCCGAUGAGUAUCCAUCCGACGGCUGCGGGGAAGUGGAGGAAGUCAAAGAUGCCGCCGGAUACACGUGGCGUUCCUUUCGCCUGGAUGCCGACACGAGCCCGGGAUGCAAAUGUCUCAAUGCCCGGAAGUAUGCCGCGCAGCGCUCCAGGGUGGUGGAGGCGGCGGCGGUGCGAUUCUGCACGGCCGUCGUGGCGGAGAUGCACCGCCGUUUCUUCUUUGCUGUGCACUCCGCCUUUUUGAAGGAAAACGGGAAGGAGUUGGGGGUGACCCCACAGGUCUGCCAGGAGGUCCUGACGGGGACCUUGGACGAUGUCGGCACCCGUCAAAGCAAAGCUCUCUUCCAUGACUUCCAUGAAGCCAAUGCACUCUCGAAGCACAAUGGGACCAAGGGAAUGGGUCGCCUAGACCCAUUGGUCACAGAAGGAUUCACAGCUUCCAUGGAGCACCAAAAGUUGCUGCAGCACGUUUGCCAGGAUGAGUGCAACGAGAUUGUGAACGAAAUCCAGAAAAACAUCGUGAAGAUGCAUCGAGAAGAUUUCAGUUUGCCUUUUGAAGACACCUGCGCCGACAAUGUCGUGCGCAAAGUGGAGGCAGAAAUGUUAGGCUGUUGUGGUCGUUCCUGUGGAUGGAACGGCCGGAGCUGCAUGUCCUGGCCCUUCCUGGCCAAGGGCGAAAAGGUCGAAUGGCUGCAGCAAUGUUGUGGCGAGUUCAACGUGCUGCAAAACAGCACCAGAGAACGCAUGUGCAACUCGGUCCUGAGCCCCAGGCAGGUCCGCUUGGUCUCCAAAUUUGAUACCAAACCCAAGCAAGGCGACGUGGGUGGUGCGUACAUGGGGCAGGACCCUCGGCUUCUUUGGGCAAAACCAGGCCUCGAAAAGUUCAGGAAAGAGCGGAACAGAUUCAAGCAAAAGCCCAAAGAGAACCAGCCAGUGACCUCAGACUUCUUGGAAAAACACCCCGAUGUCUACAAGGAAGGGCUUAAGGAGGGCUGGUUCCGGGAAGAGAAGGAUCCUGAGGAAAUGUCUUCUUUGGCCGAGAUCGGGGCCAGCACCUGCCACGAUUUGCAGAAGACGAUGCAGAAGAUGCAGCGUUGCUCCCCUGAGAUGCAGAGGCAGGCUCGGGAGACUUGCCUUCGGCAAGAAGGAUGGCAGGCCUCAGCCAAACCUGAGAAGGAGGACCUGGAUGACGAGGAUGACGAGCCCACCUGUCAGGAGAAGAUGAUCGAUCCCAACUUAAAUACACCCACAAAAGUUGCCACACCCGAUGAGUGUUUGGAAGUCAACUUCACGGACAUUGGGGAAACGAAGCGCAUGUUCUUUGUGUACGAUACCGCCAAUCCAGAUGACAUUGUCCUCGAGAAGCCCAUCCUAUGCUUUCCAGAGAAGCCCAUCGAAUGCGACUUCGAAGAGGGGCGGAAAGUGAGUGAGAUUGAAUUCAAUCGCGACAAAGGCUUUGCAGACUACAUUUAUUGGAUCGAUUUGCCUGAGAAGAAGAAGUCUGAGGGAGGCUAUUGA